AUGGACCAAGACUUCCCAUCAGAAAAGAAUGGAGUUGAAGAAAAGGUCAUUGACGCUCCUCCAAGUGAAGUCGAACAUGGCAUCAUCAAGGACUGGGAUAAGGAAGAGUCGGCAGUUCGACGCAAGAUUGACUUUAUCUUAAUCCCUACUCUUGCUCUUGCCUUCUUCUCCCUGCAACUUGACCGUGGCAACAUCAGUGCUGUCCUCACCUCAACCAUCACCGAAGAUCUCGGCAUCACCACCAACCAAGUAAAUAUCGGCACUCAACUCAUGUCGGCCGGCAUUGUUCUCUCAGAAAUUCCAUCGAACUUCCUUCUGCAACGUAUCGGACCCCGCACAUGGCUAUCGGGUCAAUUGUUCGCCUGGGGACUGGUCGCUACCUUCCAGGCCUUUGUGCAGUCUUAUCCGGCAUACCUAGUGACGCGCAUACUACUUGGUCUUUGUGAAGGCGGAUUUAUUCCAGGCGCGCUAUAUUACCUUUCCACAUGGUAUAAGAAGGACGAAACCAGCCUUCGGACUAGCCUGUUCUUCUAUGGCCAAAUGUUUGCUUCUGCGACUUCAAGUCUAAUCUCUGCCGGUGUACUCAAGCUUAGUGGCGUAAAUGGCAUGGCCGGUUGGAGAUGGAUUUUUCUCAUCGAGGGUGUCAUCACUCUGUUUAUCGGCAUCGUAUUUACACUCUUGGUCCCGCCCAGUGUAGGUGAUGGUCGUCCACUGAUUUCUUUUGGUCGCUGGAGCUACUUCACCGAGAGAGAAUCGCAGAUCAUGCGCAAUCGGGUCUUGCUAGACGACCCUAAGAAGGCUCGGGGCCACAUUCAGAUCUCCAAAUCGGAUGUCGGACGAGCCCUCAAAAACCCACGCAUCAUGCAGCACGUGCUGUUGACGCUGGUAUCCAUGUCCGCUUUCCAGGGGCUGACCCAAUACACCCCUACCAUGAUCAAGUCGUUCGGAUUCGGAUCAGUCAAGGCCAAUGCCCUAGCGUCUGUCCCGGUCUACUGCGGUAUCGUCUGGUUGACAAUCUUGUCAUUCCUUGCGGAUCGCCUUGGUCACCGUGGUCCAUUUGUGUUGAUUGCCAUUACCUGGAAUGUGAUUUCCUACGUCUGCUUGCGUACAGACUUGUAUGAUUCUGGCAAGUGGCACCGUUAUGGAGUCCUUGCUAUAAGUAAUGUGUCAUACUGUAGCAUGCACAUUCUCAAUGUCGGUUGGUUGUCCAUCUACUGCCGAACUCCCCAAGAGCGAAGUGUUGCCAUGGCACUGAUUAUAAUGGGAGCCAACUGUGCGGGAAUUUCUGGCUCGCAGAUCUUCCGGACUGAAGACGCACCCAAGUACCUGAAGGGCUUGACCGCUAUCUGUGUGUUAGCAGGAGUGUCGUGGAUGCAAGCAGCAGUGCUUGGGGUGCAGACUUAUAUUGGACGGAAAAAAGCGACCGCAACGGACGAUGAGUCCAUUCCUUCCACGAUCUCACACUCCUAA